CGAUGACGCACUACAACAUUGGGGACAAUACCAAGGUUUGACCAAGACCAACCAAAAUCGCAUGAACCAACGCUUGGCUGGACUGCGACACGCUCUUCUCAGAUCGAUUGAAGGAAUUCUUGCAAGGGCACAUCCAAAAUGCCGGCCCGGAAACGCCGUGCGACGUCGCCGCCUGCGGAGGUCGAGAACGAAACCCGCCGGCGGUCCCGGCGCAUCUCGAGCACGCCGAAGAAGAGCAAGUACUUUGACGGAAGCGAUGCCGAUGAAGGAUUUUAUGGCGACGCAAAGCUCGAGGAUGAGGCCGAUGAGCCUGGGAGCGAGGCCGACGAGGAGGAGGAAGUGGAGCCGCCCAAGAAGCGUGGGCGGGGACGGCCGAAGGGUCAAGCCGCCAAACCCAAGGCCAAGCCACAGCCAAAGGCUGCAAAGGCCAAGGCUUUGAAGAAGCAGAAGAUUGAGGAAGUUGAAGAUAACUACCAAGAUGAGCAGCCUGACGAGGAUGACGACGAGGAUGACGACGAGGGAGAUGAUUUCGAGGGCGAGAGGAGGGUCACCAUCAUCCCGCUCGAAAAGCUCCGGCCCCUAGAUGGCGUCGACUACUCUGAUGAGACUGUACACAAGAACACACUCCUAUUCUUGAAAGACCUGAAGUCUCAUAAUCAGAGGUCGUGGCUCAAGAGCCAUGACGGCGAGUAUAGGCGUGCGCUUAAGGACUGGAACUCCUUCGUUGAGACCAUUACGCCCAAGGUCACAGAGGUCGACUUCACCAUCCCCGAGCUGCCUGCCAAGGAUCUCGUCUUUCGGAUUCACCGGGACAUUCGCUUCAGCAAGGACCCGACCCCGUACAAGGCUCAUUUCUCAGCCGCGUGGUCAAGGACAGGCAAAAAAGGCCCGUACGCUUGCUAUUACAUCCAUCUCGAGCCGGGCUCCUGCUUCAUCGGCGGCGGUCUAUGGUGCCCCGAGGCAUCGCAUCUGCAAAAGUUGAGGGAGAGCAUCGACGAACGGCCGCAGCGUUGGCGUAGGGCUUUGAACGAUGAGAGGUUCAAGAGGACAUUCCUACCCAAGGCCGCGAAGAAAGGGGGCGAGGAGGGAGCGUUGAAGGCGUUCGCCGAGACGAACAAGGGUAAUGCGCUGAAGACGAAGCCAAAGGGCUAUCUGGCGGACCAUCGCGAUAUCGAACUUUUGAAGUUGCGCAACUUCACCAUUAGCAAGAAGGUUGACGAUCGGAUCUUCACCGAAGAGGACGCCCAAGACAAGGUUUGCGAGAUCAUCGCAGCCAUGCACCCUUUUAUCACUUUCCUGAACAGCAUUGUCAUGCCCGACCCCAACCUGGAUGACGAAGACGACAGCGAAGAUGAGGACGACGGAGACCAGGAGGAGAAUGGAGAUGCCGAAGAAGGCAGUAAUCCCGAGGAGACGGGCGAUGAAGAGGAGGAAGAAGGCAAGGAUUGGAGCACGCACAAGUUUUGAGAUCUGAUACGAGUUGUAGCUACCUCUCGCGUGCCGAUACUUUGCAUACUGUUGCGUCGGAGCUGACGGGAGGAUUUUGAAUCUGGUUCUGGGUGGCUCGGCAGGUCGAGUCACGUUUGCGCAGGAGCAAUCUGGGCAGCUGUCUCUGUGGGACCACUCGGCCUCAUGAGAUAUGAUUGUACGAUACGGAAUGAAGCGGUUAGAAAACCCAAAAACCGAGGACCGAGUCUUCCAACGAGAUGUUCCGCCA